UUGUUGCCUAUACUAUCAUACAGUCAGCUGGAAACGAAAACCGUCACUUUUUCAAACUUUGAAAUUACGCAGUCGUAACUCUGUGAGUCGUGAACAUUGGCUUCACUAUUGUGUUGUCGUUUGGUUGAAUUGAAAUAUCCUAUUGCCAUAAAAAUAAAAUGUCUGACAUAGAUUUGGAAGUCAUACUCGAUAGAUCUGACGGUGAAGUUGAAUGCUUUUUGGAUGUAGAUAAUGAAGUGUUUUUUGGUCCUGUUACUGAAAGGGAGAUAGAAGUUUUGAAGUCUUUACCACGAAAAACUCUUCAUCCAUGUGAAAUUGCACAAAUAUCAAAGAGAGGCAUGACUUGCCACGAGUGGGAAGACUUCAGAGAUCAAGUUCAAAGAAAUGAAAUGAAUGACAAAGCUAUUAAUGAAGUUUAUGGUCUUGAUCCUGAUACUACAGAAGAGUCAUUUACAAGUUGCUGCACAUCAAGUGGAGAUGUGGCAAAACAACUUUCAUGUGACAUAAUAAAUGUCAAUAAUAUAUCUGUUAAAUCAUUAUGUGGACCAAGUAUAGCACCCAGUUUGGAUAAUUUGUCUGACUCAAGCAUAAACCAAAAAGAGGAUUCAUCUCUAUUAGAGUCAAGCCCUGACCAAUCUCAUGUUGAGUCUGUGCAUGAAUUAAUCAUAGACAGGAGUCAGCUGGAAGUUUCUGAUGUUGGUGAGCUAAAUGACACAUGGGAAAUCCAAGAAAGGAUGCUUGCAUUAGCUGAAAGGCUGGAAAGAGGAGAAGAUAUUCCUGAAUUAGGUCACUAAAAAUUAUUUAAAAAUCAUCAGCUCAUCGAACAGUACCCGAUCGCCUCCAACAACUCGUAGAUGCCGCCCGGAGUAGAGGAUCAUUUAACAAAGUGAUUGAAACUUACGAAUCGUGUGUAAGGAAUGCUGUCCGCUAGAUGUCUCGUGUUUGGUUUGAAUUGAAAAAUUGUAACACAGCAACGUCUCUUCGUUUAUCGAUCGCUGUCAAAACCGGAAUUCCUGCUCUAUUCGUUCUCUAUUUUAACGCACGUACCUAUUCUUGCUCAGCUCACAAUAUGGUUUUCUGUCGGAGUUCGUCGCAAAUACAAAGAGGGAGAGUGAUCUUCUAUUGAAACCCCA